UUCUCCUUUGCCUGUGUCAUCACGUGUGUGUUUUGUAAAGUUCCAUGACCCGGACUCGGCAGUUGUGGCGCAGCACCUGACAAACACUGUAUUCGUUGACAGAGCCUUGAUAGUCGUACCAUAUGCAGAAGGUUUGUGACUUGUUUAAUGGCCUAUGAAGCCCCUGUAUGGGGGCAUUUUAUUCCAGUAUAGUUCACAAAAAUGAGGAUUAGUAAAAUGCAAAACAUAAAAGAUAAUUAAUGUUUGAAACCCUUGGUAUAUUGCCAUUGGCCCAUGGAUUAAAUAGUUGUUUUUAAUUUAAUGACACUGAAUGAAAGUGGAAAGUUUAACUCUGAACUGCUUUUGUGUGUCUUUAAGUUUAGAACGUGAACGUUUUAGGCAGAAUUUUUUGCAAAUUUUGCUCUUUAUCAGUCUCAAUGAGACAUUUCCCUAAACAGACUUUCACAAACAGGUCCCUGUUAUAAGGAAAUUUUGCCUUAAUAAUUAUUUGCCACUUUCACAUAGAUAUAAAUCUCUUCAUGAGAAUGGCUUCUCCCUCCAUGAGAGUGCAUGGGAGAGUAGAGCAAUGUUUCUCUGAGAUACUCUGCCACUGCAUUUAUUUGGGAACUUCCCUGAAAAGGCACUCACUCUCCUUAUAAGUCCAGUAUACCAAGGGUUUGAAUAAUUAUGGUGUAAUUUGAAAUUAGAUCUCCAAGAAGUGCCAAAUGGGCACUGGGACUAGUUUUUUUAUUCCAAGUUUUCUUGUUCAUCCUUGAUAUAUUUUAUAGAAUUUCACUAAAUAAUAAACUCUUCUCUCUGUUAUUUGUGUGUGUGAUUUUUGUAGUGGAGAAGGCAAAUGCAAAGCCCUUCCAGAUGACUGAAAAACAGUGGGUCCUCUGCAGCUACAGGGGAUUCUAGACAUUAACUAAAGGCCAGCAAGCACUCAAGUCCCCAAGUGUUUUCCUGGUGUAACCACUUGUUAACUACAUUUUCUCUUCUUCUUUUUAUUUUUACGUUUUAGGGUGUUACAGUAAUUUGAAAGGCAAUGAGCAGGGUUUUUGGAACUUACCUUAAAAACAAAGUGCUGAGAAGACACCUCUUCUUGCAGAAGUCUUAUUAAACUCUUCUAGACUUGCUUUAGAAGUAACUGAUUUCCAUUGUACUGUUUCUUGAUUUACUUCUGAAUUAAUGGAUUUUCCCUGAUUGCUUGAGUUAAAUAAAAUCUUCUGUAGAUUAAAUUGUGCUACAGCAACAAAUCUGGUACAUGGCCUGGGUUCAGACCUAUGCUCAAAGCAUUGUAAUGCUGUAGGGUGUCUUUUGAGGCCUGGGGAGCUGUUUUAUCUUUGUAAUUCCUUAAACUUAAAUGUUAUGGAAACUUAAUUUAUGUAACAUAGGACUCUGCAGCAUGACCUUUGGUUGAGACAUGCUGCUUUUUGAGAGCACAGAACACGUUCUGAAAUUACCAUUGAGUUUCUGCUUUUGCUAGUUUAGGUGUAAUAAUGUAGUUGAAAGGCAUCUUGUCCUUGUCUUUGUAUUAAAACAUGAUAUAGCAACAGUCCAUUUGAGUCAGAACUGAAACAAUCACCAAGGCCCGUGGUGCAGAACAUUAGUGUUUUAACUUGACCAAUAAGGAUAAAACCAGUCUGACUUUGUCCAUCGUGCUCGAUGGCGUGUAAAUCUGGCACAUAGAGAAAUCUGCCCAGUACUUUUGGUUCAGAUUGCGUAAAGAAAAUAAAGUAAUGAACAAAUAGAAUAUUUAAACGGGCCUGUUUAAAUCCAGGAGCUCCUCGUGGCCUAUUUCCUCUGGUGCUCUAGUGGUGCAGAAUGAUUUGAUGUAUCACAAGAGAUACACUCAGCCAAUAAAGUUAUACCCCUUGGUUUUGUGACCAUAUGCUCCUGUCCAUGUAUUGGAGUAUAGUUUUCCCUGCCAAUGCAAAUUGCCAGAGUCCCAAUUCGACCAGCUACUUAAGCACAAUACAGCAAGAUUCUUAACACCAUGGUGAAAUUGCUCAUGUGCUUAAAGCCAGGCAUAUGCUUAACUACUGUGCUGAACUGGGCCCUUUGAUCUUCUAUUUUCUGUUGUGAUAAUUCUGUAUGAAUAUUGCCUGUCACUAAAGUAAAUGUUUAUUAUCUGUUUAGCGCAAUAAUUAUCCCCUAUACCACAAGCGCACUCCAGUUUUAGCAUACACAGUUUGGUGUUGGCUGUUGCUUUGUGUUAUAGAACUAUACACAAAGUCUACGGUAAGGUUUAGUAUUUGUCAUUUUCACUGUGCUAUUCCUACGUUUGGAAGGAACUCUUUAAGAUUAAAGGUGGCUGGGGGGGAUAUUUAGGUUCUUUGGUUAAUGUUUGUUUCUUUUGUCUGUUUCUUUUUCUUUCAUUUCUACACAUUCAUGCAGUAUUUCAUGGUUCUAACAAAGCAGCAGUAUAAAAAGCUCUUGAAGCAUGAAAAUUAACUGGUGAGGGGCCUCAUUGCUUUUUUUUUUUUGAACUGUAGUUUAUUUAUUUCUUAAUACUUUUUAAAGAAAAACAAUUAGAGGAUCAGAUGCAUGAUUUUUUAAUGGAUGCAGAUCUUCUAUGAGGUGUCUCAAGAUAAGUCUGAGGGUUUAUAUUUAGAUGCCAGAAAUGUUGUAGUUGCACUAAUUUGAAAUGUUUAGCUGUAAUUUAUAAAUAUCCUCUGAGCCAUAAUUUUGCAUGCAAAACUCCCCCAUAAUCUCUCUGUAGGUAUGUUAAUAUAUUGAUGCAUUAAUGCCCUUUAUCUAAAUGACCUUUUUCCCCCCCUCUCCCUCCAUAACUUUGGGUAUCUAAAUUGAUGACCGCUCAAUGACACAAGCAAGAUAACAGUGCUGUGUAUUAUACAUUUGUUUAUAUUAUCGGCACUUCUCAGUAUAGGUGGAAGGAACCAUUACCUUUAUUUAACAGUGGUUUUUCUUUUUUGUUGUUGUGUUUUACAGUUCUUUUCCCUGGUUCAGCCUGAACUAUAUACCAGGCCCUGCUGAAAAUACCACCCAACAGUUUUCUUCUGCAGCUUAUCCAGUUUCUCUUAAGUGCCCUGUACAUAUUUGAAGCAGCCGACACGAGUCGUUGUUCAUAAAACAGCUUUUGAAAGUUGAGAGCACACCCCUGGAGAACCGACUGUGCUUGCUUACGUUUGGUUCAUGACUUAAAAAUCGAGUACAGGAGUUAUUCCUGAUGAGACUAAGGCUUUGUCUCUCUUGGCACCAGCUAAUGCUGUGGCAGGUCUGCUGCCUGGAGGUGGACUCCUGCCUACUCCUAACCCACUUUCUCAGAUUGGUGCUGUUCCUUUAGCUGCUUUAGGAGCUCCUGCUCUUGAUCCUGCCCUAGCUGCUCUUGGGCUUCCUGGGGCAAAUUUAAACUCACAGUCUCUCGCAGCAGAUCAACUCCUAAAACUUAUGAGCACAGUGGACCCAAAGUUGAACCAUGUAGCUGCAGGUCUUGUUUCCCCAAGUCUGAAAUCAGAUACCUCCAGUAAAGAAAUAGAAGAAGCUAUGAAAAGAGUACGAGAAGCACAGUCAUUAAUUUCUGCUGCUAUUGAGCCAGACAAAAAAGAUGAAAAACGAAGGCAUUCAAGGUCGAGGUCACGCUCACGGAGGAGGAGGACACCUUCUUCAUCUAGACACAGACGGUCAAGAAGCAGAUCAAGGAGAAGGUCCCAUUCAAAGUCAAGAAGCAGGAGGCGGUCUAAAAGUCCAAGGCGAAGAAGGUCUCAUUCCAGAGAGAGAAGCAGGAGGUCCAGAAGUACAUCCAAAACCAGGGAUAAAAAGAAGGAAGAGAAAGAAAAGAAACGUUCUAAAACUCCCCCCAAAAGCUACAGCACAACCAGACGGUCAAGAAGCACAAGCAGAGAAAGACGACGCAGAAGAAGCCGGAGUGGAACACGGUCACCUAAAAAACCCAGGUCUCCUAAGAGGAAAAUGUCCCGGUCCCCAUCUCCAAGAAGACAUAAAAAGGAAAAGAAGAAGGAUAAAGACAAGGAGAGAAGUAGAGACGAGAGGGAGCGCUCAACCAGCAAGAAGAAAAAGAGCAAAGACAAAGAGAAGGAUCGAGAACGGAAAUCUGAGAGCGACAAGGAUGUGAAACAGGUCACAAGGGAUUACGAUGAAGAAGAACAAGGAUACGACAGCGAGAAGGAGAAGAAGGAAGACAAGAAAAUGUCAGAGUCUUCCUCCCCUAAAGCAAAGGAGUCCACUGCUGAUAAAGGAAGUGGGGAUGCGGUGAGGGAAUCCAAAGUGAAUGGGGAUGAUCACCACGAGGAGGACAUGGACAUGAGUGACUGAGCUCUGCCUGUGCAGUGGCCACGGCUGCAGCUGUGCAUCAGUGUCAUUCCUGUGUGAUUCUUUUAUGCUGUACUCGUUAAUCCUAAACCUCGAUGUAUACAGCUCUGAGCUACCCCUGGUUUGUAAAUCUCCUGAUACUAACUCACACGAAAGCUUGGUGGAAGGGUAACCAUCCUUGUUCUGGCUGAGGGAGCGCGGAGCCAAGCCAUUUCUACUAACUUGGUGAUGCUUCAAGCAAAAGUAAAAAGCUGCAUGCAUCUACAGCAGGCAUGGACUGUUUGUUGUCUGAUCUCCUGUAGUAAAUCAGCUCACCUCCGAUAGUGUCUCUAGAAUUUGAUUCAUUGCAGUAAUAGGGAAGUAGGGGGAAUGCACUGACUGCAUGGGGAUGGGGCAGAAACAUCCUCCCUCUUGGGAUGUCCUGCAGAGCGGUGCGAGGGUCCAGCACUGGGACUGCGCACACCACGGUGACAGCACAGCUGGAACCAGCGUUCUCAUAGAGGUAGCUUUGGGUUCUGUUGUUUUGUUUAUUUCUUAAAGCCAUGGGGCUGGGGUUGGUUUUGAUUUUCCCGGUGGGUUUUGUUUGGCUUUGACAAGGUUAAGAUGCACUGACCUUUUUGAGGGCUUCCUUUUUAAUCCCCUGUAAUGGUUCUUUAGCUUUUCCUCCUGAGCCUUGGGGCAGAAAUCCUCUGCUUGGCCAGCGCCCAGUGAUGAAAGGUUGAUUUGUGCAGUUCUCCUAAGCCAGGUUCUUUUAUUUGUUACUGAGCUGAACACUUUGCAAAGAGGUAGUAGUGCAUUUUAAAUCAACCUUUGGAUGCUUUUAAAAGCAAGUCUACUUGAUAAUGUACUUUUUACUUGAUCUCAAGUUGUAUAAACUAAUACCUUUGUGUUUACUGUCACUGCAGUAGUACUCUUAUGCACAGUGAUUCCAUGUUAUCCGCAGAGUAGUUAGGCAAAGCUGUUUCCUUAGUUACAGAAGUCCAGGAGCUCUCACUUUCGUGCAGGUCAGAAGACAGAAGUAGGCCACGGUCUGUGCCAUGUCCAUGUACAGUUUCUGAAAUUGUUUUACAGAACUUUGAUAAUAAAACCCUGAAACUUA